CCCCGCCCCCGGGCCGGCGGGCGGCGCUGCCGCGGGCGCGCGCAGGAACAUGGAGGCGGCGGCGCGGGAGAGCCGGGCGCGCCGGGCGGCGGGCGCGCGGCGGUAGCGGCUCCCGGCCGCCCUCCCUUCCUUCCUUCAGCCCUCCCUUCCUUCGCUCCCGCCCCCUCCGCUCCUCCAGCGGCGGGAGAGGCGGCCCGCCUGCCCCCCCGCGCAGGGCAUGGCGGCCCCGGGCCCUCCGCGGCUGCCCCAGCUGCGGCUGGGCCCGCGGCUGCGGGCCGGGCUGGAGGUCGCGCUGCGGGUGCCGAGCCUGUUCCUCAUCGACGCCAUCUUCAACUCGGCCCCGCUGCCGGGCGGCUCCGUGAGCGCCGCGCUGCUGGGCGCGCUGCUGCGGCUGCUGGGUGUCUUUGUAUCCAGCGUUGUUCUGGUCUUACAACAGCGAGCACUUUUCAAGUUCUACAUGAUCGCCUCAGCGUUUCUGCUGGCUGCAACUUCAGUGUUGGUGAAUUACUAUGCUGCUUUGCACAUAAACUUCCACAGUGCCUACUACACAGCUGCAUUUGGAAUUCAGAUCUUCCCACAUAAAGGACCUUCGCUAUGGAUGGCACUUUCCAUCCUUCAGCUUACCUUUGGAAUCGGAUAUGUUACAUUGUUGAACAUGCAGUCCAUAUACUCUCAACUCAUCAUCCUGGAUAUACUGAUUCCUGUAAUUGGCUUGGUUGUUGAAUUACCUUUAAAUGUCCGGCAAGUACUUGUUUUUAUUUCAGGCCUAGUUCUGACACUAAAUACCACAGCCAUUUUAGUAACAAAAAUUAAGUGGUUCUAUUAUUCAGUACGAUACGUCUAUCUGCUGGUGAGGCACAUGUAUCGUAUUUAUGGAUUACAGCUAUUGAUGGAAGAUACAUGGAAAAGGAUUCGGUUUCCAGCUGUACUGCGUGUCUUUUGGCUAACAAGACUUACAGCACAAGCUGUGGUAUUAACAUAUGUUGUAAAGAUGGCUGAAAAUAACACGGAAGAAAAAUUCUUCUUGAUAUCGUGGGAUAACUGUUGGGAACUGAUUUGCAGCCUGAUCAUAAGUGGGUGUGACUCUACUUUAACUGUAUUGGGCAUGAGUGCCGUCAUUUCCUCAAUAGCGCAUUAUUUGGGACUUGGUAUCCUGGCCUUCAUUGGAUCAACUGAUGAGGAUGACAAAAGGCUUGGGUUUGUAGCACCCGUCUUGUUUUUCAUUUUGGCUCUGCAGACUGGUUUAAGUGGACUGAAACCAGAGGAACGAUUAGUCCGCCUGAGUCGAAACAUGUGCCUUUUGUUGACCGCAGUCCUGCAUUUUAUCCAUGGAAUGACAGACCCUGUGCUGAUGUCUCUCAGUGCCUCCCAUGUGUCAUCGUUCCGCAGACACUUUCCUGUACUGUUUGUCUCCGCUUGCCUUUUCAUUCUUCCAGUUCUGCUCAGUUACAUCCUCUGGCACCACUAUGCACUAAAUACUUGGCUUUUUGCAGUCACAGCAUUCUGUGUAGAGCUUUGCCUAAAAGUAAUAGUUUCUAUCACUGUUUAUAUAUUGUUUAUGAUUGACGGCUACUAUAAUGUGCUAUGGGAAAAACUUGAUGAUUAUGUCUAUUAUGUUCGCUCAACUGGCAAUAUUAUUGAGUUCAUAUUUGGAGUAAUCAUGUUUGGAAAUGGAGCUUACACAAUGGUUUUUGAAUCGGGAAGCAAGAUUCGCGCUUGCAUGAUGUGUCUGCACGCCUACUUCAACAUCUACCUGCAAGCCAAGAAUGGCUGGAAGACUUUUAUAAACCGCCGAACUGCUGUGAAGAAAAUCAACUCGCUUCCAGAGGUGAAAGGAGCUCGGUUACAUGAAAUUGAUGACGUCUGUGCAAUCUGCUACCACGAGUUCACCACCUCUGCGCGCAUUACUCCGUGCAACCAUUAUUUCCACGCACUUUGUCUUCGGAAGUGGCUGUACAUUCAGGACACAUGCCCAAUGUGCCAUCAGAAAGUGUAUAUUGAGGACAAAGAAAAUGCCAAUAUCUCUAACAAUAACGGGUUUGUAGCACCAAAUGAAAAUCCUGUACGGGUUGCAGAAGAAGCUGCUGAUGCUGAAAAUGAAUUAAAUGAAGAUAAUGACAGUUCUGAUAGUGAUGAGGAAGAUGGCGACUGUGUGGCACAGCACUUGAAUGAGACUCUUAAUGUUGACUCUAACUCCCUUGGUGAUUAGGAUGUCCUUUACUAAGCCGUGAGGUAUUUGUUCAAGAUUGACUUCAACAGAAUAAAAGUAUCACUUUGUAGUUAUUGUACUUAAGCACAACAGCAGUAUCUCAAUGUUGAGUCUGUGAAUGGUGGUUGUUUACUGUGGUGUGUGCUACUGUAAAUAUACCUCUAAUUUUUGCUGGUCUCUUUCAUGACCACCUUAAAAUUAUGUACAUUAUUGUACAUGGAAUAAAAUGUUUUCACGUUUUUAAGAUGGUUGGAAAAACACUCUUUAAUUGAUGUAGUGAUAAUGCUGUGCCAAAGACUGUAUACCAGUAAUCCCAAUCAAUGUCUUCUGGAUGCAAAUGAAAAAUACUGGUUAAAACAGACUGUUCAGCAGGUCAACUAGAAAACGAAAGCCUGAGCCAAAGCAGCUUUACUUGCAAACUCAGUAUUAGCAGAGCUUUAUCGCAAAAAACUAGUGAGUUGUGUUUUAAAAAAAUAAAUAAAAACUUUAGGUUGGUAGACUUAAUGCUGUGGCAUUUGCGUAUGUGGAACAAAAGGCGACCCUGCUGAGCGUUGUGGUGAAGCAGCAAAGCGCAGGCCAGAGCCGUGUCCGGCCCUCCUGAGCCGCCCGCAGGAGCGCGAGCGCUUUACAGGGAAUGCAGCAGUGCUCAUCCUGUGCUCCACUGCCCGCUGCAGUUACAGGCACGGGCGGCCCUUGAAGUGGAUCCUGAAUCGCCAUGGAAGGGGAGCAGGGCUGAGAAACUGCACAAAUGCAGACCACCUUUUCAAAACAGCUUUAAUCUUGCACCAUAAAAAACCCCAAACCCACUACAGAUUGCAUUGAUUAGAACUUGCAGUAUGAUGAUUUUUAAGUUUUUGCAAUAUAUUUAAUGAAGUUAUGCUGAAUAAAUGUAAGAAAAACAACUUUACAUAUUUGGAAAGAAGACUUUAAUGGUAUUGUUAUAUAGAGUAUUGGCCAACUCAAGUGGGUCAUCUUCUCUUACUGCCGCCAUUAUUUCCAGUAUUUGACUAAAAGAGAAAGAGUUAUAUUAGAAGACUGAAACCCAGUACUUCAGAAUGUACUUCAGAGUGCUGCAUAUGUAUGUACAAGUCACUAAGAUUAAGCUGGAAUUAAAACCUACACUAAGAGCAAUAGGGCAGGGUGCUCAGAUAUGCAAAUAGCUUCACUUUUAAGUUACUGACUGCCAUUUCCUUUACACUCAACACUGGUUUGCUCACUGGUACAGAUUCAUCUUUGGUCUUUUGACUCUUGUUUGGAGGUAAUUAAACAGCUUUCUGUUUUGAAGGAAA